AUGCCUUUCAAAGCUGGAUUAGAACUGACUGAAUUGCAGAAUAUGACUGUUCCUGAAGAUGAUAACAUCAGCAAUGAUUCAAAUGAUUUCACAGAGGUGGAAAAUGGCCAGAUAAAUAGCAAGUUUAUUUCGGAUCGAGAAAGCAGAAGAAGUCUCACAAACAGCCACCUGGAGAAGAAGAAAUGCGAUGAAUAUAUCCCAGGAACAACUUCACUGGGGAUGUCCGUCUUCAACCUCAGCAAUGCAAUUAUGGGCAGUGGGAUUUUGGGUCUCGCUUUUGCUUUGGCCAACACAGGAAUUCUCCUUUUUCUGCUGCUUUUGGUUUCAGUGACGCUGCUGUCUAUUUAUUCAAUAUAUCUCCUGUUGGUGUGUUCAAAGGAAACAGGCUGCAUGGUGUAUGAGAAGCUGGGUGAGCAGGUCUUCGGGACCCCAGGGAAAAUGAUUGUCUUUGGAUCUACGUCUCUCCAGAACGUUGGAGCAAUGUUGAGCUAUCUCUUCAUAGUCAAAAAUGAGCUGCCUUCUGCCAUAAAGUUUCUGAUGGGAAAAGAAGAAUCUUUUUCGGCGUGGUACGUGGAUGGGCGGAUCCUUGUUGUCACAGUCACGUUUGGUAUAAUCCUGCCUUUAUGUCUCCUUAAGAACUUAGGGUAUCUUGGCUAUACCAGUGGAUUUUCAUUAAGCUGCAUGGUAUUUUUCCUGAUAGUGGUUAUUUACAAGAAGUUUCAAAUUCCCUGUGGCGGAUCGGAGUUCAAUGCAACAUCAUCUAUCCUAUCAAAUAGCUCAGCACAUGAACAUAUGUGUAAGCCAAAGUAUGUUAUCUUUAAUUCCAAGACCGUGUACGCUUUGCCCACCAUUGCUUUUGCAUUCGUGUGCCACCCGUCAGUCCUACCGAUUUACAGCGAGCUUAAAGACCGUUCACAGAAAAAAAUGCAGUUGGUUUCAAAUAUCUCAUUCUUUGCCAUGUUUGUGAUGUACUUUAUGACUGCCAUAUUUGGCUAUUUGACUUUCUACGACGAUGUGCAGUCAGAUCUGCUUCACAAGUACCAGAGCAAAGAUGACAUCCUCAUCCUGACCGUGCGCUUGGCUGUGAUCGUUGCAGUGAUACUCACAGUGCCGGUGCUGUUUUUCACUGUGCGUUCGUCACUAUUUGAGCUGGCUAGGAAAACAAAAUUUGACCUAUGCCGUCACGUUUUGGUUACUCUUGUUCUUUUGGUUAUCAUCAACCUGUUAGUCAUUUUUAUCCCAACCAUGAAGGAUAUUUUCGGAGUUGUAGGGGUCACUUCUGCCAAUAUGCUGAUUUUCAUUCUUCCUUCAUCGUUGUAUUUAAAAAUUACGCAGCAGGAUGGAUCAAAGUUGACUCAGAGGAUUUGGGCAUCCCUUUUCUUGGCAUUGGGGAUAAUGUUUUCCCUAGUGAGCAUUCCCUUGGUCAUCUAUGACUGGGUACAGUCAGGAGGCAGUGCCGAAGGCCACUGAAGUUCACCUCCUUCUGGAAAGAAGACACCCCCGUUUGCUACACACCAAAAUCGCAACCAUCCGUUCUGUUAUCUGUUCCAUCUUUUGUGAGUUUACUCAAAUCAAAUCCAAAUAAUGAUUAUCCAGUACUGAAAAUACUGUUUUGGGUAUACUUUCUUGCAGAAAACAGACCCAUUUUUCCAACACGCGUAUCACUCUGUCCCCCGAUACCGAGCUAUCAGAUCAGCUGAAAGUCUGCGUUAAUUGUCCAUGAGACUAUAUAGAGCAUUGCUCAU